UUAAGAGUAGACCAGCAUCAGAAGCUCGUGUAGUAUGUAAAUACGUCACUGCAAGUUUUUCUGGCUGCCCUGUAGGACCUGGCUGUACCUUGCCGGACACGAUAUCAAUCAUAGUGUAUAUAAUGACCCGAGUCUACAGUAGGCUUUCAUUGUUUUCAGAACGAUUGCAUUGUUGUUACAUAAACGCAGCAUUCAGGUAAGUUGUGCACGCCAGGGUUGUGAUUUUCGACGGAAGAAAAACCUUGCGUCUGAUGACGGGCUGACAGCGCACCGCACCAUGGACCACAUGUCGUCGCCUGUUAGGUUUCGCAGCAACAUUAAACCUGACGAUCAGUUAUCCAGCCUAUCUAUGGAGGUCAGGGAGGACACUGAGCUAGUCUACGCCAUGAGAGAACUUCCGCCCGUUCCCCCUUCCCAGGUUGCAUCUGGGGAUCAACAAGCAAUCUCAGGAUGCCACGCACCUGUCAUUGACCGAGAACCAGAGGCAACCGGGCCCUGGGUAGGGCGACCCGGACACACACCUGCUGGGACACCAUUUCUCCCCCGACCCUGCCCUGGUGGGCCCCCUCCCUCUGCCCCCCCUAGGCCAAGCUGUGCCUUCCUGGACGAAGAGUUUGAGCCUCUGCAACCGAGGAUGCACCAGCUGACCUCUGGGUCACAGUCCAUGGACUCCUCCCCUCAGUCCCGACCACGGAGCCCAUGGGGGCGCUUUGACCCAUACGAUUCUGCCGAGGACAUGGACAAGGAGUAUGUUGGCUUUGCCACUCUGCCCAACCAGGUACACAGGAAGUCCGUGAAGAAGGGCUUCGCCUUCACGCUUAUGGUAGCAGGAGAGUCUGGCCUGGGUAAAUCCACUCUGGUCAACAGUCUGUUCCUCACAGACCUCUAUAAAGACAGGAAAGUGCUGAAUGCGGAGGAGCGGAUCACACAGACUAUAUACAUUACUAAACACACCGUGGGUAUCGAGGAGAAAGGAGUGAAGCUCAGACUGUCCAUCGUAGACACACCAGGGUUUGGGGACGCUGUCAACAACACAGAGAGCUGGAAGGAGUUAGAGGACUACAUUGACCAACAGUUUGAGCAGUACUUCAGAGAUGAGAGUGGCUUGAACAGAAAGAACAUCCAGGAUAACAGAGUCCACUGCUGUCUCUACUUCAUCUCUCCCUUCGGACAUGGUCUAAGGCCUUUAGACGUGGAAUGCAUGAGGGCUCUGCAUGAGAAGGUGAAUAUAAUCCCAGUUCUGGCCAAAGCUGACAGCCUCACCCCCACUGAGGUCUGCAGGAAAAAGAUGAAGAUCCGAGAGGAGAUUGAGCAUUUUGGCAUCAACAUCUACCAGUUCCCAGACUGUGACUCUGAUGAAGACGAAGAGUUUAAACGGCAGGACCAGCUGCUCAAGGACAGUAUCCCAUUUGCUGUGAUUGGCAGCAACAUCCAAUUUGAGAGUAAAGGACGCAAGUUUAGGGGUCGCCUUUACCCCUGGGGUGUGGUGGAAGUGGAGAACCCAGCCCACAGCGACUUCCUGCUGCUGAGGAACAUGUUGGUAAGGACCCACAUGCAGGACCUGAAGGACGUCACCAGAGAGACACACUACGAGAACUACAGAGCCCAGUGUAUACAAAACAUGACACGGAUGGUGGUGCAGGAUAGGAAGCGCAGUCUGCGUGACAAAAUCCGGAGUGAAAGCGGUGUUGACUUCCCCCUGACUCCACUCCCUCUAUCACCCGUCGAUGGGGAGACCGAGAGGCUCAUCUGGGAGAAGGACGAGGAGUUGAGGAGAAUGCAGGAGGUGUUGGAGAGGAUCCAAGAACAGAUGCGACACGGACAGAAACCAGAUUGAUUUACUACCCACAAUCCUCUUGGGCCUCCGUAAGGAAACCUGGGAAAGGAGGGGAGAAAGUAAGGAAACAUGACACCUCAAACCAGUCACUUAAUUUCUGGGCAUCAGCUUUUCAGGGUCUCCAUGGAGAUGAGAAGGCCAGACAGGAAUUCUCUGGAAUUUGAAACUGUUCUGUUCUAACCCCCUUGUUUAUUUGGUGGAAGGUAGUUCAGUGGUUAAAGUAUUGGUUCCUGAAACCCAAAAGAUGCUGGUUCAUAUUCUCUUGAACAAGCACUGCAGUUGACCUGGGCACUUAACCAUAAUUGCUUCAUUAAAUCAGUUUGAAUAAGAGUAUCUGUAAUUGUAAAAAUUUACCCGAACCUAGUACCCUGAAUAAAGAAAUCUUUCUGUUUUA